GUACGAACCAUACCGUCGGGAGCGCAGCGAAACCGAAGAGGGGGAAAUUGGUGGCUACCGCGCCUCGUGAUUUAGGGAAUAGGAAGUCAACACCAGUCGAAGUCUAGGAUUUGGAUGGCGAGCUACCCUCAGCUCUAGCCAGCGACCCCAGGAACGAAACCCAACCCCAAAAGCGACUCCGACGCAACCCUCGCCCACGAUGUUCACACCCACCUUCCGCAGCCUCUUGACGAGGCUGCCCUCAACCUCAAUCUCAACGAAUCCCCUCACCAGCCUCCUCCCGCGCGCUUCUCUCCUCUCGCUCACACCAACCACCACCACCUCCUCCGCCGCCAAUACUCCAUCCCCCGCCGCCCGCGCGCUACACACCACGCCCCGCCACAAUGCGAAACCCUCCCCCGCAGGCACCAAGCCAAAGGGGGGCGGGCGCACGAAGCGGCAGCGCAAGAAGGGCAAGGGCGAAGGUCCGGACCCGCGAAUCGUGAACCUGAAGUCGUCGAUGCCGCGCGCGGUCCCCGCUCCCUUGCGGUUCGCGCGCAACCGCGCCCUGCGGCACUGGACGAUCCACCGCGCGUGGCUGCUGUACCAGCGGAAGGAGCGGGAGAGGGAGGAGAGGGAGUUGGAGAGGAUGUACAACUCGAUGCACACAACCUGCGAGGCGCUGCGCAAGAUGAGCGGCCCCGGGUCCCGGCCCGAGGGCUACCUGUACCGCGUCGCGAUGGAGAAGAAGGGCGUGUACGACCACGGCGGCAUCCCCAUCGAGUACGCGAGGGCGCAGACCGAGACGCCGGCGCGCGAGCCCUGGAAUCACGGCUGGACGCGGUGAUGAGCUGUUCUACACACAUACGUACGUACCUACAUAUGUACGUAGUAGCUAGCUACACGGAGGCAGGGCAUGCGAGUUGCUAAAUUUAGGAAGACGCUGUACCAUAGGCCGUUCUCGAGCAUGCAGGGGCUUAGGAAAAAUAUAUCCGGAUGCAUUGGUGUAAGGUUCUCGCUCUACAUACACAGCCAUACUUGCG